CAUCCCACCAACAUGUGGAAAAGUGUAGUGUGGAUAAGCCUGCUACUUGGAUACAGUUAUGCAGGUGUCGCAUCUUGGAGUGAGGAUAUCUCAGUGCAUAACAAACACUACUCCCAGCAUGAAUCAUCGGUAAAUGCGGCCCGUAGAGCGGCAGCGGAACGUUUGCAACAACAGCAGGCUGCGGCACUGGUUGCUUCUGGAAGUUCUACGGGACCAUGUGACACACUCUGUUACAAUAGCUACGUUGCCGAAGGUGCAAGUGAUGCCGAAACAAUUGGACAAGGCAUCGUAGGAUUCACAUCCCCUGGAACGGGUGCUGUUGGCUCAUCCCAGAAAUAUUCCGCCAGUUCUUCGCGUAUGUCUGAGUCUUCUGUACAAAACCAACCAGGAGUAGCAGUCGUCUAUCCAGGUGUUGCAUCAACCUCCGGCAUAAGAUCAAGCUAUUCUAGUUCAUCCUCCUCACGGCAGCAGAAAGUCCACAGUGCAGGAGUAGCACAACCAGCAGCAGCAGCAUUGUAUAGUGCUGAUCUCGCAAGAACUAGCCACGCAAAUGUCGUACAGCAGCCGUUGGUGUACACAGUUUCAGCACCUCAAGCACAUGCCUCUCAAAGCAGCUACGAACGAACUAGUAAUGAGCGAUCGGUAUUGAGUCGUCCAGUGGUUGCCAAUGUUGUCUACACGCCAGUCCCAGCAGGUGGAUCUUCAAGCAAUAGCUUCAAUGCACGCUCAAGCUUUUCCGCUGCCUCGAAUGAACAGGCAGUUGUGCAACCCGUCACUUAUCCGGCAGCCAAUAAUGACUACUCGCGUCGUUACGUAGCAUCUUCUCAGGACCAUCAGUACCGCCAGUAUCCUUCAACAUCAAACACGUACGUUGUGUACUCGAAACCGAUCGCCUCUUCCGUUCAGUACUACGCUCCGUCACGAUCGCGAACUGAGGAAACCGCCUCCUCCACAUCGUACGAUUCUUCCGGACGAGUGAUUAACUUGAACGUUGUACAACCUAGCAUACAACACUCCGAGCAUGUCGAUGAGCAGCGUACUCAACAGCGUGCUGAAUCCGUUCAAACAGUACAGCGUCAACCUGAUCUCUACCCAGUACGAUCGUCUUAUGAUCUUCAGGAAAAAGAAGAGCAACACUUCGAGGAUGAAAUUGAUGGACACACGUCCGAACGUACCGUGAAACUGAUUGCUCCUACGAUUCCGACCGCGUCGUCUUCCUCCUCUUCUUCGCAACGCCGUGCCGAGCAACAGAAUUCCUACAUUCGUACGGGAUCCUACGUUCCAAACACCGGAUCCUCCACCAGGUAUAGUGCGGCUCAAUCGGCAGAUUCUCUACGCCGUCAGACUUAUCAAACUGCACCGACGUACGUCGCUGCCGUACCCGUGUCGGGAGUUGCUUCCUCCUCCAAGUACGAAACUGCUUCCGAAUCGCAACAACGACACACGCAAAAUUCUCUCAACUCAGUUCCAGUCGUAGUCCAGCCCGUUCCUGUCGGUGGAGCUUCAUCCUCAUCUAGUCGGUACGCGGCCUCCACACAGGAGCAUCGCUCUGGAGCGAGCGGACCAAGUUACUACGUCCCAGCUGGAGCUGCCACGACGUACGGUUCGCAGUACGCCAAUACGGCGUCUUCGCACAAUAGUCGCUAUAAGGCUGGUGGAAGCACUGGUGGCUUCGUACACUAUCCGAUCACAAACGACGAAUUCGGACGACGGUUUGGAGCCGUAGGAGGAGCUGGUGGAUAUGGAGCGGAAACCGAUCUUCACGAUAUCAUGAGCGAAUCUGAAACGCUUGCCCGGUUGCAGGCUCAGAACGUGCACAAUGGUGCCGUGACAGGAAGUGGAACGAUCGAUGCCGAGACUCGAUUUGGUGGAGAAUCAGAUGGAUUAGGCACGAUGCCCGGUGGUUUCCAGCGAACCAAAUCUUGGUCCAGCAGUUCCAAGUGGGCUUCGGAACAACGCUACGGUGAUGAUGGUAAACCGAAAACGUACAGUAUGCUCUCGACAGCGGAAAGCGAGAAGCACAACAUAAAUGGAAAGACGACAGGUUACAAGGCGGCCACCACGACCCUGGAGGACGAUGGGAAGGUCAGCACGUACAGUCUGCACACUACGUAAAAG